CCGCCUUCACUGCCAAGUGACAGGAGCCUGUAUUUAUUUGCUUAUAAAACUGUUACAAUAAAUGAUUAUUCAAACAGCGUCAUUCAUACCUUAAUGACGAGCCCUAGCUUUUGAUGAAUGACAUUUCUGGCUGGGAAGGAUGUAUGGGUCAUUUUGACCAGUCAUUCCAUCGCUUUGGCAAGAAGAAGAAGAUAAUAUUAGGAGGCACUGGGUAGGCUGCACGUGAACUGGCCCCUGCUGCAGGCACAUCAUCACUACAGCACCAAGCCUGCUUUCUACUCUCACUGGUUUCCCUCCUCACAAAAGCUGAGAUGAUGGAAAGGAUAAGAAAAGAGAUGAUUCUCAUGGAAAGAGGUCUUCACAGCCCAACCACAGGCAAAAGGCUUUCCAAUCUAUCCGACUCAGCUGGGAAUGCAGUGUUGGAGGCCUUGGAAAAUGCUCAUCACAACGCUCGCCUAAGUCCCAGGCUAACUUCUUCUCUGCAUGGAUCUAUAGGGGACAUACCCAGCAGCAAAGGCAAAUUUGAGAUAGACACUUUGUUCAGCAUCCCUCAUCCCAACAGUGAAUCUAAUAACAACAACACAUCAGACCUUUCCGGAUCUGACAGAGGCAAGAAGAUAAACCAGUAUUCAGACGUGGCUUCAGACGCAGAUAUGAGCAGUGAUGUAGAGGUGGGGUGCUCAGCCCUGCGGUCCCCCAACAGCUUGAGUGGUACCCAGCUGAAGGAGAGCAUUGGCAAAGAGAGUGGGUCAGUGGCCAGCACCACCAGUUCUUCCACCAGUUCUGGAAUGGGCAGUCUGAGCAGUAAUAACCCCGUGGGGAGCUCCAGUUCAGCUGCAGACCAAGUGCGAAGAUACAGGACGGCAUUCACACGGGAACAAAUAGCAAGGCUGGAGAAAGAGUUCUACCGGGAGAAUUAUGUGUCCCGGCCCCGAAGAUGUGAGCUGGCAGCUGCCCUCAACCUCCCAGAGACAACCAUCAAGGUUUGGUUCCAGAACCGGCGGAUGAAAGACAAGAGGCAGCGCUUGGCCAUGUCUUGGCCUCACCCAGCAGAUCCCAGCUUCUACACCUAUAUGAUGACCCAUGCUGCAGCCACAGGGAGCCUUCCUUACCCCUUCCAUUCCCAUGUGCCUCUGCAUUACUAUCCCCAUGUCGGGGUGACAGCAGCAGCCGCAGCCGCAGCGGCGUCUGGUGCUGCAGCCGCUGCGGCUUCGCCCUUUGCUACGUCCAUCCGCCCCCUGGACACUUUCCGGGCCCUUUCUCAUCCUUACUCCAGACCAGAACUACUUUGCAGCUUCAGACAUCCGGGUCUCUACCAGCCCCCGGGAGGGCUCAAUAGCACCGCGGCUGCUGCUGCUGCCGCUGCGGCAGCUGCAGCGGCGUCGGCCCCUGGAUCGACUCCUUGCUCUUGUCUAAGUUGUCACAGUAACCAGACGGCGUCAGCAAUGGGCGCAGCCAGCAGGGGCUCGGAUUUCACUUGCACAGCCGCCUCUCAGAGGUCGGAGAGCAGCUUCCUCCCAUAUUCUGCAGCAGUGCUCAGCAAAACCUCUGUUACCCCCCCGGACCAAAGAGAGGAGACCCCCCUGACCAGAUAACUGCACCCCUAGAAACCUCACCGACCCCCCCCCCCCCCCAUGCACCUGACCUGCACUGACCCCUACAAAGUGGACUGGCCGCAUUUAACACCCAUCAACAAAGAAUGAGGGCGCUUUUCUUCUCUUUCUUUCUUAAAAACAUCAACUCCCAAGUAAAUAUUUUAUUUGUACAUCCAUAACUAACAAUUAAGAAAGUAAUUCCCGGGAUGGAACUUAGAAGGACUAAAGUGCACUCCAAGAUCGUACACAUCAGUUUGGUUUUUUGGUUUUUACCCUUAUGUUUGUUGUUGUUGUUGGAAACAUUAUGUCUCUUUAAAUGUUUUCACCUUAUUGAAUAUGGGUUGUUUACUGUUUUAAUUUCAAUACUAUUGUAUCCGGUCAUAUGUGAUCAUUUAGUUUUAAUUUACUACUGGCCUUAUUUUCUAGACUGUCGCUUUACCUUAACCAAGCUUUAUAUUAUUUUGAUUAAUUACUUUUGUAUCUGGAAAAUACUUGAAUCUUGAGAUAGGGCAUGUAAAGUGGGACAGAUAUUUUUUGUCUCAAAAGUUUUUUUUUGUUUUUUUUUUUAACCUGGGUAUAAAAUGAUUAAUGAUAUCCCCUGGUAACAUGAGGAGGUGUAUUCGCCUUGCCAAGUUACCACUGGGUGACACAAAUUUGCUUUCCCAAACCCCAGUUCCUGCAGGGAGUUCCCUGAACUUUGGAAAGCACAUCACAAACUAGCAGUGUUAUUGCCAUGUCAAUUCUGAUGCUAAUAAUGUGUAGAUUAUGACGAAAAUUGCCAAUCAUGUUCUCUGAUGGACCUCCUUUGAAUGUAGAAUUGGUGGAAAGUUCCCCGCAUAGAGACCUGCUGUCAAGUACUAACAACCCGCUAAGGGAAGUCAUUAGGAGAGACAGAUAAGAGGCCUGGUACAUAAAACAUGGUUCUUUGGGCAUAGGAUGUAUGUUAUUUAAUGCUACAUCCGUUACCUGAAGCGAUUUCGCUGAAGAAAGCUCAGCUCCUAUCAUCAAAAUUGGCAAUUUUCAUUUUGGAUGCUCGGACACCCCGGGCAGACUUUUCUCCUUAAAGUUGAUAUUCCACUAGUGUGAACAAGCCUCAUUAAAUCAAACCUACAGAUUUCCAUAAUGCUCCCCGCAGAGCCGCUUCACUCCUCACAUAAUGAGAUCUUCUCCAGGGCUGCAGCAGCACAGAGAACUUGUACAUGCUCGUUCUGGGCCACAACGAAAUGCGAAUAUCUGUUUAUCUAUCUAUCU